AUGUAAACUUGGGAUUCUGAAUUACCACACACAAUUCAAAAGAAAUUGAGUAUUUUAUUAGAAUAACGAUAAAAUCUUUAACAAUAGGAGAAUCAAUUGAAAUAAAAAGACUUGUUGUUUACUCAUAAGAAAUCAUUGUCCAAAUUACAAAAUCAAAAUUAACAGACAGUUGAAACUCUUCUUGAAAAUGAAAAAAGUGAGUUAAUUGAUAUUUUUGAUUAAGAAUUGAUCAAUCAAAAUUCUAGAAGAUAUUCAUCUAGAAGAAUGCCUACUUUAGAGUAAUCUGCUAUUUCAUUUUAAGAGCAAUCAGCUGUAUUUCAUAAAUCUACUAAAACUAAUAGAUCAGCAUCAACUAAUCUAUCAUACUUUAAUACUUAAUCUCCUUAAAGAUUAUCCAAAUUCAAAGUCGAUAACAAUACAAGUAGAAUACAAGAUCAAGAUUAAACUAUUAAAUAACUUUAAUCUAUUGUUGCAGAUUAAUAAGAAAAGUCUCUUAUUUAAAAUUAAGAAAUCUAAAUGUUGAAAGAAAAAAAUUAAUCAUUGAUAAGAUAAUUAGAAAUUAGUGAAAAAAAUUUCAUUAAAUUUUAAAAAUAAACUGAUUUAUUCAAAGAAAAUUUAGUAGAGAAAUUGAAGUCCUAUGCUCAAAAAUUAGAAGUUUUGAAUGAAAAUGAAGAAAAAAUUAUCAUGAUGCAAAAAGAGAAUGCAAGAUUAAAAUAAGAAAAGGAAGAAUUAUUAUUUCUUAUGAGAAAUAAUAACAUAGGAAUUAGAAAAUGA